AUGUCGUUUGACCAACUGCGUUGGUAUAGCAAUGUCGUUAUGGAAUAUAAUCCAGGAAGUUAUAUUAAUCUUGACUUUGAUGAACAUAACACCCGUCGUUUCAAUAGGCAUUUCAUAUCAUUCAAAGCAUCUAUUGAUGGGUUUAAGCACUGUCGGCCGCUAUUGUUUUUGGAUGGUACCUUUCUGAAAGGGCGAUUCAAGGGAAAUCUACUUGCGGCAACCGCCAAAGAUGGGAACGAAGGUUUGUUCCCAGUUGCUUUUGCAAUUGUUGAUUCUGAAAACGUGCAGAAUUGGGCUUCGUUCUUACAGAACCUAGCUAACGUUGUUGAUGGGGAUCGGGUUUUGACGUUUGUUUCCGACCGUCACGUCGGCAUUAUAGAAUCACUGCCUACUGUCUUUCCAACGGCCUACCUCGCUUUUUGCAUGCAACAUUUACAGAGGAAUUUGAAAGACAAGAUGAAAUAUGUGAACAAACUAUACCGCGUUGGAAUGGUAAGUAAGUUGCGAGCUUGUGCAUAUGCACCGACCGUCACUGCCUUCAGUGAAAAAAUAGAUGCAUUCAUACAGUCCGGUCGACACAUCGCUAUAAAUUUCUUACAAGAUUUAGAGCCGCACCGAUGGGCCAACGCAUACUUCAGGGGCAAACGUUACGGCGAGAUGUGUUCUAACGCCGCUGAAUCAUUUAACAAUUGGAUAAAAGAAGUACGCAAUUUGCCAAUCACUCAUUUGGUUGACGCAAUCAAGACACAGGAAAUGAAUCAGAUGUCUGAACGUAGGGGAGCAUCAAGUACGUGGGCUGGUGCCAUGUGUCCGGUCAUGGAGUCUAAACUGGACAAGGCGUACAGUGAUGAAAGGUCGUGGAUAGUCAGUCAGUCGAAUGAUGACGUGUUCGAGGUCCACUCACACCCAUCAGUGUUGGUGGACAUUGGCAAGUGUACAUGCUCAUGCUUCCAAUGGCAAAUCAAUGGGUUUCCUUGUCAACAUGCAAUGGUUGCCUUUCGCAACAGUGGCAACAACUUGAAUGCAUUGGUUGAACCUUAUUUUCAUGUGUCAACCUAUCAGUUAUCAUACUUCCACACCAUAUAUCCAAUCCCAACAGUUGAAAAACCACAUGCUAAUCUGAAAAAUUAUGUUAUUCUACCUUCGGUAGUGUGUCGACCACCUGGCAGACCAAAGAAGAAACGGAUACCGUCUAAAGGUGAAUAA